UGAGACGCUGUCUCUUGAUGGCACGCUGCAGCAGAUAUCUGCCGCUGUGUUUUGGAUGAACAGCAUCUUGAAUCUCCAUGCGAUGUCUUUCCUCUCCCACUCAAGCUUGGCUUGCACCUCGCAAGGGCAUAACAAGCCAAUAGCGCAAACAAGAACAUGAGGUGCAUUCACAGACAUUGGGUAAUUAUUACAUGUUUUUUUUCCCCAAGCAAAGACCCACUGAAAACAGCUCCGAGACCCACCAGCUGAGAAUCACUGGUCUAAAUGACAAGAGUGCUUAGCUAUUUUGACAGACUUACUGCAAAAACAAGGACAGUAAUUCUCUACUGUUAUACACACUGCACACUGACUAGUAUACUAGUAUAUAAAGUAUAUAAGAUUACUUUCUGUACAUAUUGUCUCUUGAGAAGAUAUACUGCCAGAAAUCACAUAAGAGGACAAAAAGGGAGGCCAAGACACGAGCAAAGAGGAGACAGAAAUAAAACAAUAAGACUUAAAGGUGUGAUUUUUCAGAUGGUGUCCAGUCCAACUCCUUGUUUGAAUGCUUGACUGAAGACCAUUUAUUGAUUGGCCAGACAUCAUGGGACCCCUCCUUCUGUCCUCACAUUGCACAUAGAAAAUACCUCCCACCCCCGCUCCUUCCUUAACCUCCCCUUUAAUCCAAGUCCCUCUUGAGGAGGCAGAGAAGAGGACUGCAGGCGUACAGGACUGACCCAGAGAGGACAGCUGCUGUGAAGGCUUCGUGAAGCCAUGGAGUGUUCCUCAUCCUGCAAGCUACUGCUAACAGUUCUUCUUCUUAUUGUGAUGGCCUCUCUAUGUGUGCAGAGCUCCCGGAUAGCCCGCUCAGAAGAGGACCGAGACACUCUUUGGGAUGCCUGGGGCUCAUGGAGUGAAUGUUCCCGUACCUGCGGAGGAGGAGCAUCCUAUUCCCUGAGACGAUGCCUCACUUCCAAGACGUGUGAAGGGCAGAAUAUCAAGUAUCGCACAUGCAGUAAUGUGGAUUGCCCCUUGGAUGCCGGGGACUUCCGAGCUCAGCAGUGUUCAGCCCAUGCCGACGUGCGCUACCAGGGCCGAUACCACGAUUGGUUGCCUGUCUACAAUGACCCAGACAACCCGUGCGCCCUGAAGUGCAAAGCCAAGGGCUCAUCAGGGCUGGUGGUGGAGUUGGCGCCCAAGGUUCUGGAUGGGACACGGUGCUACACCGAGUCUCUGGACAUGUGCAUCAGUGGAGCAUGCCAGAUUGUUGGCUGCGACCACGAGUUGGGAAGUGCAGCAAAAGAAGACAACUGUGGCGUGUGCAGUGGAGACGGCUCCUCCUGCAGACUGGUACGAGGAAACUACAAAUCCCAGCAUGCCUCAGGAAAAAUUGAGGACACAGUGGUGAUCAUCCCCUUUAAGAGUCGACACGUGCGUCUUGUCCUCAAAGGCCCGGAUCACUUGUCUGUGGAGAGUAAGACUUUACAAGGGGUAAAAAGCCAAGUUGCCCUGAAUAAAUCAGGGCAGUACCACCUGGAAAAUACCACCUUGGAUUACCAAAAACUUGCUGAUAAGGAGGUUCUGAGAAUUCCUGGGCCACUAAGGGCUGAUUUUACCAUCCAGGUCCAAUUUGCAAGUGGAGCAGACAGCGUCAUCCAGUAUAUCUUCUACCAGCCUAUCAUCCACCGCUGGAGGGAAACUGACUUCUUCCCUUGCUCUGUCACUUGUGGAGGAGGGUACCAGUUGACGUCUGCAGAGUGCUUCGAUAUGCGCAGUAGCCGUGUGGUUGUGGACCAGUACUGCCAUUAUUACCCUGAGAACAUCAAACCCAAACCCAAACUGCAGGAGUGCAACAUGGAGCCUUGUCUUGCCAGUGAUGGUUACAAGCAGAUUAUGCCAUAUGACCUCUACCACCCUUUGCCAAGGUGGGAGAGCAGCCCCUGGACUGCCUGCUCCACUUCCUGCGGCGGUGGCGGCAUCCAGAGUCGCUCUGUCUCCUGUGUGGAGGAGGACAUGCAAGGCACCAUCACAGCAACCGAGGAGUGGAAGUGUCUAUAUGCCCCCAAGACGGCCAUCCUACAGCCCUGCAACACCUUUGACUGCCCCACCUGGCUGGCCCAGGAUUGGUCUCCUUGCACAGUGACUUGUGGUCAGGGUCUACGCUACAGGGUGGUGCUGUGCAUUGACCACAGGGGGCUCCAUGCUGGAGGAUGCAACCCCAGCACCAAGCCCCACAUCAAAGAGGAGUGCCUGGUGACUGUUCCCUGCUACAAGGCUCUUGAUACGCUACCUGUUGAAGCUAAACCUCCGUGGCACAAGCAGGCCAUUGAGCUGGAAGAGGAGAUUGCCGUAACCGAGGAACCCAACUUCAUCCCAUCUCCCUGGCAACCCUGCAGCAGAACGUGCGGCACCGGCACGCAACGGCGCACCGUGAAGUGUCAGCUGUUGUUGCCCUUCUCCCAGACUGUGGCUGACCUCCCUGAUGACGAAUGCGUAGGUGUCAAACCUCCAGAGAGCCAACCCUGCUACCGUACUCCGUGCCACAAGACAGAAGGAGGUGAUGAUGUGGAGGAGGACGAGAUGGAGGAGAUGGUCCAAGGAGAGGGGCUGCAUGAGUGGGAAUACGACGGGUUCACCCAGUGCUCUGAAAGCUGUGGAGGAGGUGUGCAGGAGGCAGUGGUCAUCUGCAUGAACAAGCAGACCAAGGAGGCAGCUUCGGACCAGAGCUUGUGUGUGAGUGCCCGCAGACCUCCACCACUUCUUCAGGACUGCAAAACACAACCUUGUCCCCCCAGGUGGGAAACCGGGCAGUGGAGCUCCUGUUCCGCUUCCUGCGGUGUUGGCCUGAUGUCCCGCACUGUGGCGUGUACGCACCAGCCCUCACGGGACAGCAACAGCACUGAGAUUUUGAGGAAUGAUGACUGCCAUGACCCCAAACCAAACCCCAUCCAAGCCUGCAACCGUUUUGACUGCCCUCCCAUGUGGGAAGCGCAGGACUGGGGGCAGUGCUCUGGUAGCUGCGGUAAUGGACUUCAGAGGAGGCUGGUUCAGUGCAAACAGCGCCUGGCUGAUGGUAGCAUCCUGGAACUGCCUGACACUUUUUGUCCAUCCAAGAGUCCAGCUAAUCAGAGGACAUGUACUCAGCAGCAGUGUCCACCUCAGUGGGUCACUAGCUGGUCCCAGUGUUCGGUGACUUGUGGAAAUGGUAUCCAAAGGCUGGAGGCUGUCUGCAGGAAACAAGGCGAGGAUGGACGAUAUCAGACCAUCGAUUCAAACAACUGCUCCUCUCUGGCGCGGCCCAGCAGGGUCCGACCUUGUUCUCUCAGCCUCUGCAAGAAUUCCCUGAAGCCCGGACCCACCAUACUGGCCCAGAGGAAUGUCUAUAUUCAAUGGAGGAAGAGCAAGAAGGUCCAUUUGGUAGUGGGUGGGAGUGCCUAUCUACUCCCCUGGACCACUGUCCUCCUUCGUUGUCCUACCCGCCACAUCCAUAAGGGGAACAUACGAUGGUUGAAAGACGGGAAACCCAUGCUGAGUCUCCCGCAACUGUCCGUCACCUCUGUGGGAUUAGUGAAGAUCCAACAAAUUGGAGAAUCUGACACCGGGACGUAUACAUGUGUGGCAGGCCAAGCUCAGGAACAUUUAGUCAUGCAGGUCAUUGGCAACAAGCGAAAGACGUCCGUUACAGAGGAAACACACCCAUAUGACCGUUUUGUUGAGCAUUUGCUCCAAGUCAAAUCCGCGUCGGAAGAUGAUCUUUCCAUUCCAAAUGUCCUCAUUCUUGAUAGCCAGAAGCUUGAGGAGAACCUGAGAAGACAACAAGGGGAGCAACUCAUUGGUCAAUUAGUCAGUCAGCUGUCCCACUAUGAAACCAAUGGGUCCCCUUUACACCAUCCGCAGAUUCCCCUUCGAAAAACACACUCAACCAGAUCCAGAAUCCCUGUCAUCAUUCAGAGAUCCAGGAAAGUUGGAAUGGUGACUUCUUCCGAUGUUGUAGUCCACAUAGGAUCUCCUGUUUUGCUCCGGAAGCCUGUUGCCACUUUAGAAAUGAAGUGUGAAACUCUCGGGUACCCGAAACCUUUCCUGAGUUGGAUGAAAAAUGGAAAACAGCUGCACUAUAACAGCAGAAUAGACCUGUUGCCGACUGGCUCACUUAGGAUCCAGUCUCCAAACCGGGCGGAUGAGGGACUCUACACCUGCACUGCCAGGAACCGCCUCGGAUCAUCGUCGCUCUCAUCUUGGUUGCAGGUUACAGGAAGCAAGGGAAGAAACUGUGUCCAAGGUGUUUGCUCUGAUAGGAGCAACCAGUCUCUUUGCAGUGGACAAGACUGCCUCCUCAGGUGGCGUGUGGACCCUUGGGAGCCAUGUUCGGCCAGCUGUGGUGGAGGUUCCCAGACCAGACGUGUCCGCUGCAUGAGGGGUCCCGAGGACAAGUUGAGGGAGAUGGAGAACCACCAUUGCUUUGGUGUGGGGCGGAGACCUCCUGAUACCAGGAUAUGUAACAUUCUACCCUGUGCCAGUUGGGCUACAACCGCCUGGGGACUGUGUAACAGUCAGUGUGUGGGUCCCAGUUUGGCUGCACAGCAUCGUCGUGUUUACUGCCAAGACUCAAAUGGCACCAAAGUGGCCUACAGGAUGUGCAGCGGUCUUCAACUGCCCAGUUCCACUAGGAAUUGUUCCACAGAUGCCUGCGCCCUCCACUGGCGAGUCGGGCCGUGGACCCAGUGCACUGCUACCUGCGGGCGGCACGGUUUCCAGUCGCGCCGGGUCGUCUGCACGCAACAGGCGACUGGAAGGCCGACUCUGGAGCAUCAGUGCUUAUGGAAGCCUCGUCCUCCCAGCUGGCAGCGCUGCAAUCUCUCCUCUUGUGGCAGAGCCGGCGAGUGCAGAGACAGCACCAGGUACUGCGAGAAGGUUCGACAGUUGGAGCUGUGCACACUGCCUCAAUUUAAGAGUCGCUGCUGUCAGUCAUGCCUCAACUCUUGAGGGACGUGGGGAUGCGAGGAUUAUGGACAUUCCUGCUCAGUGGACGCUGAGAAGGUCCGGUGAGGACCUUUCAUCUCUGAACCCAUGCAUGAACCACUGGAAAAGUGUCAUUGCAUUUUUGGGUAACUCCAAUCUGAGUGCUCAGAUUGUUGGUCCAUUCACACGCAAUAUCAAAUGGCCCUGGCUUAAAACGCAGCCUUUUUUAACAUUUUUAAGACUGCUGAAUUUCCCAUUAGCACGUGUCAAAACUAAUUAUCAGUUGCACAACCACAUUUAUCCAUUGUUGUCAGUUUGUCCAUUCACAAACAAAUAUGAGUUUGAUCAGCAAAGCAAAAGGAAUAUGAUAACAGUUUUGGUCCAUUCACACACAUUAUCAAAGCACAUUAUAAAGCAUUCACCGGCUCACCCUAAAGGUCACUUUAUUUCUACCAAAUGGUAUCACUUUGCGUAUUUGUCUGUCAAUUCACACAUAAUAUCAGUUUUAUCAGCCAAGUCACUAACUUUGCCUGAAAAUACAGACCUUCAAAGGCCAUCGUAUUUACGCAGUUUUUAUGAUCCUGUAAAGCCAGCAAAGUUCCCACUACAGGUAGCGCUCAAAGUCAACCAUGUGGCCACCCUGUGUAUUUUUCUGUCCCUUCACAUAAUGUGGGUUAGUCUAUGUGGUAAGUCAAGUCAUUCUUGAUGGCCACUGUAUUUACAGUACAUAUUUAAUUUGUCAUGUGAUCACAGUUUAACACACUCAUGGACCAUUUAGUCAUUUUGAGCACUUGUCUGUCCUUUCACACACAAUAUUGACUUGAUAAGCAAAGCGACAAAGCGACUCACUUAGUUUAAAACGCCGCUGUUUUGACCCGUUUUCCCGCUACUCCUUAUCAAAACAGUUACACAGUUGGGUGUUCAUUCAAAGUUGCCUUUGAAGGCCAAUGUAUUUCUUUUUUUUUGUGUAUAAUCAUCCCAUACUUAAUGAAAGAAAAACAUGAAAUUGUAGGGAAGUUGGUUUGACUGACAUUUUAACAUAGUCCUGCUGGGCUUGCACUAAUUCAGGGGAUAUGAUGAGGAUUAAAAAAAAAAAAGACCAUUGUUUUGCACUCCUUAAGUUUUUGUUAAGAACAGGACUUAUGGUUAAGUUACUUUUUUAUGUGUUUCAUGGUGAUAUUUGCCCACAUCCACUUAACCACUUUGUAUGCUUUUGCACGUUUAGUCACCUGGUAAUAACACCUAGCUGCAAUAAUCCCCUUAAAAAUAUGUCAAAUAUUGACAAAUUAAAGGAAAAAAAUCAGGCCUAUUAAAGCAGCAAUGUUAUAUAUUAUGUUCUCUAUUUAUUUCUAUGGGCAAUGUUAGACUACUUGGCUUUUUGUUUAUGUGUGAUUUAAGAGAAGAAAGCAUCAUAUAAUGUAUACGCUUACUUUGUGUAGAUAUGUAUUUUUGUUUUCAUUAUUUAUUUUCCAUGUGUUUUGUGUAUAGUUUUGUAAAUAAAUACAUGGUUGGGUUUUUAAAUAUUUUCAUGUCCUUACAGCUGGUUGUACUUGUUGUGUGUACAUGCAGAGGGCUCCCUCUGCUGGUCAAGUCGUGUUUUUUAUAUAUGUAAUAAAAAGAAGCACAUUCCUUUUAUAACAUACUGUGUUUU